CUUCUCUUCGCCACCCUUCCGUCUUCUUCCCCCCUCCCCUCUCCGCCUGCCCCUUUCAGUUGCCUAGUAAACCCCUCCCAGUUUAGCUGCCGCAAGCGCUAGAAGCGGCGGAAGAAGAUGGCGCUGACCAGCUUUUUACCUGCUCCAACUCAGCUUUCUCAGGACCAGCUUGAGGCUGAGGAAAGGGCAAGAUCCCAGAGAUCAAGACAGACUGCACUGGUCUCCUCAAGAAGAGAACCUCCCCCUUAUGGGUAUCGGAAAGGUUGGAUCCCUCGUUUGUUGGAGGAUUUUGGAGAUGGAGGUGCCUUUCCAGAAAUACAUGUGGCCCAAUACCCAUUGGAUAUGGGUAGAAAGAAAAAAAUGUCCAAUGCAUUGGCCAUUCAAGUGGAUGCAGAGGGAAAGAUUAAAUAUGAUGCAAUUGCUCGACAAGGACAAUCAAAGGACAAGGUCAUUUAUAGCAAGUACACUGACCUGGUUCCCAAAGAAGUUAUGAAUGCAGAUGACCCAGACCUACAAAGACCUGAUGAAGAAGCUAUUAAAGAGAUUACAGAAAAGACCCGAGUUGCCCUAGAGAAAUCUGUAUCUCAGAAGGUUGCUGCAGCUAUGCCAGUUCGAGCUGCAGAUAAAUUAGCUCCAGCUCAGUAUAUCCGGUACACACCGUCUCAGCAAGGAGUAGCUUUCAAUUCUGGCGCUAAGCAAAGAGUUAUUCGGAUGGUGGAAAUGCAAAAAGAUCCAAUGGAGCCUCCAAGGUUCAAAAUUAAUAAGAAAAUUCCUCGUGGGCCUCCUUCUCCUCCUGCACCUGUCAUGCACUCUCCUAGUCGAAAGAUGACUGUGAAAGAGCAGCAAGAGUGGAAAAUUCCUCCUUGUAUUUCAAACUGGAAAAAUGCAAAGGGCUAUACUAUUCCAUUAGACAAACGUCUAGCUGCUGAUGGAAGAGGACUGCAGACAGUUCACAUAAAUGAAAACUUUGCCAAACUUGCUGAAGCACUCUACAUUGCUGAUAGAAAGGCUCGUGAGGCAGUGGAGAUGCGGGCUCAAGUGGAGAGAAAGAUGGCCCAAAAGGAAAAAGAGAAACAUGAAGAGAAGCUUCGAGAAAUGGCCCAGAAAGCUCGUGAGAGAAGAGCUGGAAUCAAGACCCAUGUAGAAAAAGAGGAUGGGGAGGCUCGGGAACGAGAUGAAAUAAGACAUGAUAGACGCAAAGAGAGACAGCAUGACAGGAAUCUUUCCAGAGCAGCUCCUGAUAAAAGGUCAAAACUACAGAGAAAUGAGAAUCGAGAUAUCAGUGAAGUCAUUGCUCUUGGUGUGCCCAAUCCUCGAACUUCCAAUGAAGUUCAGUAUGACCAAAGACUGUUCAACCAGACUAAGGGUAUGGACAGUGGUUUUGCUGGUGGAGAAGAUGAAAUUUAUAAUGUUUACGAUCAAGCAUGGAGAAGUGGCAAAGACAUGGCCCAAAAUAUCUACAGACCCAGCAAAAAUCUGGACAAAGAUAUGUAUGGUGAUGACCUAGAGGCCCGAAUAAAGACCAACAGAUUUGUUCCUGAUAAGGAGUUCUCUGGCUCAGAUCGUAGGCAGCGAGGUCGAGAUGGACCAGUUCAAUUUGAGGAAGAUCCCUUUGGUCUGGACAAAUUUUUGGAAGAAGCCAAACAGCACGGAGGGUCUAAAAGACCCUCAGAUAGCAGCCGCCCUAAGGAACAUGAACAUGAAGGCAAAAAGAGGAGGAAGGAGUGAGUAGGGUAGCCUCAAAGAGAAUGAACUGUUAUCCUUAACUCUGAUGACAGUGGUCAUUGGGGGAUUCUAUGUAAAUGGUCAGGAUGAAAACCAAAUCUGGGGUUGUAGAUCCCACUACUUUUUAUUACUGGGGCUGAGGAAAAGGAAGGUACGUUUUAAACUAGUCUGUUUCUUUCUAAAGGAGGUGGGCCAUAUUAUCAGUGUAAGGCUUUUGCUUCCCCCUCAGUCAACCCACCUUUCCCCUCCCCAUUAGCAUUGGCAGAAGAAGCUCCAUACUACCCAGCAUACCAAAUUAAGACUAUUAUAUCUUUAGUGACAUUAGUUUUGGGGGAUUAACAUUUCAUAGUAGAACUAUUCCUUGUACAUAACAUUUAUCAUCAACCAUGCUGAAUAGUUGGGGGAGGUCUUCACACGAUGGAGCUGUCCACUGCUUGUUGAAUGUUUGCCCCCAUUGUGUGUGUGUGUGUGUCUAGUUUUAUUUUGGAAUGGGAGAGUCAGCUUCUGUGUGGUGCAACUGUUUUAAAUAAAACAUUUAGAUAAA